AUGAUUAAACAACAGCAACUUAAGGCGCAAAGCACCCAGGUCCUUCAGACCAUUACAUACGCCAUAUAUGCAUAUAAUUCAAAGACGGCAGAACAAACGCAAAGGUUGAAAUAUGGAGAUUUGGAGAUAGUAUUGAAAAAUGAACAUUUCGAAUUCGUUUGCAAAGGUGGUGCAGUGAUAUCAAAUAUAAAAGAAAUUUUAUUUAUGAAUUCUAAAAUUAAAGGUAUAACGGAUGAUAUAACAUCAAUUCCACCAGAAGAACAGAGAUAUUACGCAUUAAAUGCAUUUCCUAAAGUUUUGAAGAUUGGAAGGUUUAAUUUAAAUGAGGAAUUCAUAGAAGGUUUCCUAAAUGACAUAAUGAAGAAGGUGGAUAAGGAAUAUGUGGAUAGUGAGUUAAAUAAGAAGGCAAAUUUGGUUUAUGUUGAUGAAAAAGAUAAUGAAAUUAAAGAAAAGGUUGAAUGGUAUCAUGAAUGGACAUUUGAGACUUUUAAAGUUAAAGCUGAUACAGAAUGGGUUUCAGGAUGUUUAGACCUUAAAGCAGAUAAAACUUAUGUUGAUGAAAAUUAUGCAAAGAAGUCGGAAGUAAAUGAUGUGAUUACAAGCAUGAAAAAUGAAAUACUUCAAACAUUAUAUCCUAUUGGUUCUAUUUAUACAUCAAUGAACUCAACAAAUCCAGCAACAGUUUUAGGUUUUGGUAUGUGGAAGCAGAUUGUAGAUAAAUUCUUAUACUGUGCUAGAUAUUCAAAGCAAACAGGAGGUUCGAAGAAAAUUAAAGAAGCAAACCUUCCACCACACACUCAUACAGGAACUACAAACUUUUCUGGCGACCAUAGCCACUCAUUAAGAGACCACCCAUUAUACAACUCAGAGUAUGAAGCUGGCCAUGACGUUUUAUCUCUAUCUUAUAACAAUGCAGCAAAAAAGAUUUUUCGACCAACUGAACCAGGAGGAAAUCAUUCACACACUUUCACAACAAAUCCAACAGGCUUGGGUAAAGAUUACAUGCCACCAUUUGUGACUGUAUUCGCAUGGUACCGCGUUCAUUGA